GUCUCCAAAUAUUAACAACUAGGGUCAAAUAAAAAUGUGAUAUAGGAAAAGAUAAUAUGAUUGUGGGUUGGACCACAUUUAAAUAUACUAGUUUAAGUUAUUUUUCCUUCUCUUUCUGAUGUCUAUACGCUCCGAAUAAUAGAUAGACAUACCUGUCCAGGUCAAGUUUUGUGUGUAUAUAAACACACACAGUAGACACACAAAGGCACACGAAAUAAACUUAGAUAUUUCAUCUAAAGGAAGUCUACAUUAUUUGUGUUGCUAGCUAGCUCUUCUCAAAGUCGCAAAAUAUGACGAUUGUGGAAAUGAGAGUGCACAUGGACUGUCCAGGAUGCGAAAGUAAAAUAAGAAAGGCUCUCAAGAAGCUUAAGGGAGUGGACAACAUUGACAUAGACAUGAACAUGCAAAAGGUGACAGUAACAGGAUGGGCAGAGCAGAAAAAAGUCCUCAAAACAGUGAGGAAAACUGGAAGGAAAGCUGAACUAUGGCCAUAUCCAUACAAUCCUGAAUACCAUAACUAUAUGCACCAUUAUUAUGACACAUUCUACAGCAGGCCAGGCACUUACUUCGCCCCACCUUCUUCUUCCUACAACUACCGCGAGCAUGGCUACAAUGGCCAUGCAAACGGUUACUAUGCAGAGCUACCUUACAAUACUAUCUUUGAUGAACGAACCAGACACAUGUUUAGUGAUGAUAAUGCCACUGGCUGUUCUAUAAUGUGAUUUGAGCUGAUUCAGGAUGCUCAUGAGGAGGUUUCCAAUGCUCUAUUUGCUUUCUUUGUUCUAUCUUUUAGGUAGAUGUUUGAUUUGCAAAAUUAGGCUUUUGGGGAUUUUUUUUUUUUUUUGGUUCCAUUGAGGUCGAGAAAGGGGGACUCUGCAGCUUACAAUGGAAUCAAGGUCUGCUUGUGUUUGUUCUUUUGCUUGCAUAAUCCAUAUUUGAAUGUAUAUAUUUAAUCAUAUUGUUAAUUUUGUUGUUCAAUUUAAUUUUCCUUUCGAACGUGGAAAAGAGCAAAUCAGAAAAUAUCUCAAGAGUUCCUUUUCCUUCAAAUAUAGAGCUACUUAACCUAUAUAGUGAAGGCUCUUAACU